AUGAAGUUCCUUGCUGCUCUCACUGUCGCUCUUUCCGCCACCGCCGGCGUCCUCGCCCAGAACAACGGCGGCGAGAAUGCCACCGCCUUCGCCGAGGGUCUGCUCAACGCUCUGCGCGCCAACAACCUCUCCGCGCUCGCUGAUGCCGUCGGCAACAACUCGCAGCAGCUCCUCGGCGCGCUCCAGGGCGGCAACAAGACCGUCCUCGCCCCUUCCAACCAGGCCUUCGCCAGCCUCGGCAACGACGUCUCCACCGAGGCUCUCGUCGCUACCAUCGCCUACCACGUCCUGAACGGCUCCAUCACCGACAGCCAGAUCAGCGCUGGCAACAAGACCAUCGCCGCGUCGGCGCUCAACAUGGCACCCUACGUCAACCUGCCUCGCAACCGCAGCCAGGUUGUCGUGCUCUCCAAGCAGCAGGGCAACAACACCAACUACGUCCAGCUCGCCUCGGGCAACGUCUCGUUUGCGCUUACCAUGGACGGUCCUCAGUACCAGAACAUCCGCGUGCAGCCCAUCGAGCAGGUGCUCACCAUCCCCUCCAACACCUCGGGUGUUGCUGGUCAGCUUGGUGCCUCGUCGCUCGCCGAGGCUCUUCAGAGCGCCAACCUGGUUGAGGCUCUCGACCAGUCGAUCGUCACCGUCUUUGCCCCGACCAACGCAGCGUUCCAGGAGGCCCAGUCUGCUCUGCAGGGUGCCACGAUGGAGCAGACCGCCGCUGUUCUGCUCAACCACGUGGUCAACGGCACGGUGGUCUACUCGACCGCUCUCGGGAAUACGCCCUCGGCCAUCUCGGGCUCGGGCAACGAGCUCAAGUUCAUGUCCAACUCGUCGGGCGCCUACGUCUCCUCGGGCAACAUCACCGCCAAGAUCGUCAUGACCGACUACGUUGCUGCCAACGGUGUGGUGCACGUCAUCGACCGCGUGCUCGCCAACACCACCCAGAACACCCAGGCUGCCGCCUCGGCCUUCAGCUCUGCCACCGCCGCUGCUGCCACCCAGACCGCCGCCCCUGGUGUCGGCUCCAACGGCUCUGGUUCCGGCUCGGGCUCCGGUUCCGGCUCCGGCGGCUCGGGCAACGGCGCCAACACGCUCAAGAUGUCCACGGGCGCUGCCGCCGUCGCCGCCCUCCUCGGCUCCGGCUUCUGGCUCCUUGCCUAA